UUUUUUUUUUUUUUUUUUUUUUUGUUGCCCAAUAAUUAACGACAAAAAUAAAAAAAAAAAGCUUGAUCAAUGUCCAUUGAAAAAAAAGUGCGUUGGACACAACAUGAUACCGACUUGGGCGAUCGAGAAGAAAGCAAUGGCAUGUUGGGAGAAAUAGCGCCUGAUUCACCAGGGCCGUUUAUCCCCACAAAUUUCACCAGACUCAUGCCGCAUAAUGCGUAUCAAGAUGAAGACGACUAUAGCGACGAAGACGAUCAGAGCAAUACGGACGAAGAUGACGAGACCGCCUUUAACCAACUUUAUGCACGUAACCAAUCUCUUUCUUCCGUCGCACCUGAAAUUACCCAUGAGCGUUUGGAAUGGCAACAAAUGUUACAAUCCGUGCUUUUGGGUGAAGUCAUCAAAUCCGAAAAGAAGAGAUUAUCAAGCUCAGACAAGUUUCAACCUACAAAACCUACACAAGAAAUUUGGUUAUCAUUGCGUGCAUUGUUACGUGGUAGAACCAUGAUGCAGGAACAAAAAUCCUUGGAGGACAGCCGCAAAGAAAUUGAAGGUGUUUUACAAAUGGUGAUGGAUUUCAAGGUCAAGGAUGACGAAAAAGACGACGCCCUGAAAAAAGUGGCCGAUGUCUUGAAGAAUGUCGACCGCAUUGAAUCCUUGUAUACAACAAGAGCGGAAAUGAUUUUGUCUCAUCCUCGUUAUGGUGCCCUUGACUUUCAAACCAAGUUAGAAGCCCUUAACGCUUGGUGUACUGUCACCCGUAGUUUGAGCAUGCAGUAUAAAAUCCUGAGAAACUGGACAGGUUCCGAAGACUUGCAGAUCGCCAGAAAGAAAUCAGAUGAAUCAUUAGCUACCACCAGCAAAGAAGAGCAAAGAAACAAUGAUACAUCCUUUGUUGAAAGACUAUUAAAAGAAUCAGCAUUACAAGAUACCUUUGAUAAACGAACUUUGUCAGCCCUCAACUCUCUACUAGUAAAAUCUAAACAGACCAUGAUUUACAACUCGAGUCAGUUUGCAGAAAUGAACUUACCAUCCUUUAUCUCUCAACUUCGUCAACUUGCUUAUUUUCCCAUCUCCUUGGUUGAAGAGGCACUCAAGCUUCGUUUGGAGUAUAAAGACAGAAUGAACGAACCACCUAAACAGAUGGUAGAUGCCAUGAUGGAAGAUUAUCGAGGCUUACUCUCUUUGGCUUGUCGAGUCAAACGAGAAUAUGAAGAACUCACUCAUUCAGCACCUGGAUGGCGAUUGGAAGAUGAUGAACCUGUAGACCAUAAUUACGAUCAUGUAUUGAUGGAAUCCGUACGUUUCUAUUUUAGAUUGAUUACCUGGAAAUUAAACUUGGAAAAGGAAAACAAUCUUCGAGAGUGUGAAGUUAUGGAAAAAGAAUGGGGUUUUUUGAAGAGCACCGUGUGUCAAACUGUGGAUAAAGCUGAUUGGGAAUGUGCAGAACAAUUCUGCUCCUUGACCAAUCGAUUGUUGGCAGAUGUGAUGCGUGAUUAUAUAUCCAGUUUAAAAAUACCCCCUGAAUCCGUCGAUGGCGGAAUCGAAGUAAAGUAUACAAAAUUAUUACACACCAUGCGUAUGCGAGCUCGUAAACUAUUACAAUUCGCCAGAUUCUUCAUGAGCCAAUUUGAAAAUGCUGCGGAAUAUGUCGUGGAUACAGAUAAUAUGGAUAAAUUUGUCACCUGCCUUGUGGAGACAGGACAUUUCUUGGUAUAUACAGGAGCGUUUGAAGAGGAUCGUAUUUAUAUCAUUGCAUCUCCUUCACUGUACGGUCGAGAGGAAACGAUCCAGACCUUGAUCCAGUCCUGUUUUGCCUAUGAUAAACAACCCAUGCCUUCAACCCCUAUAACGCCUAGUUUGUCCAGUAUCAAUGGAGAGCAAACAGAAGAUUACAUCUUGAUUUUUUCACCAUGGCAAAAUAUUAUGUGGACAGGUGAGGUAGUGGAAGUGCCUACACGAUUCAUUCAUUUGGGUAUCAAGACAAGACGUGUGCGUCUUACAACAGGUGACUCUACCAAAUUAGCAUCUGCCAAAGCGCUCUUUUGGUCUGCUGUUCAACACUCGGGUAUUGAAAUUAUUCAAGAACACAGAGCGCAUAUUCCCCGGAUCAACAAGGAGCUUUACAAGAUCAAGAUGACUGUAUUCAAAUUAGCAGAUUCAACGAUUUCUAGUGUCAGCAUGAUUCGAGAACAAACGAUGGGGUUAGGCUGUCAAGAGCUUGUAGAAGAGUGCUUCAGUUUUGCCAGUGAUUUUGGUAUCCGUGCGGCCAAAUUUUUAGAGUUAGCCGUGCGACUUCAAUUAGAUCUCAAAUUGGUGCGUCUGGCCAUUGAUUGGAUCUGUUUCAUUACAGAUGACUGUAUACCGUCUGACCGAAAGACCUUUCGUUGGGCCGUGGCCGCACUUGAAUUUGUACAUUUAAUGACACGUGGUGCCAACAUUCUAGCCCUCAGUGAAAACGAAUUCGCUACUCUACAGAGUAAAGUAGCACGAUGUGUGGCCUUACUAAUCUCUCACUUUGAUGUGUUGGGUACACGAUAUAUCUACGAGCUUCAGGUCAAGGAAGAUCAACAACGUCGUCGUGGUAUCACUGCUAAACGCAAUUCGUACAUGACAUCCAAGAGUUCAGAUAAGGAUAAUAUCACAACCAGUUCUACCUUUGGUGCUACCAAUGAUGUGGCUGUGACGGGAGGUGGAGGCAUUAUCUAUCGACGUGAUACUUGGAUGCGCAGAAUUUCCGAAUUGGAAGCCAAACGAUCGGCCGAUGAACAAGAGCGCAAGAUCAUUGGUAAAAUAUUGGAUGACCAAAAGCCGGAAGAUCAAUCCCUGGUAUUCUUGGCUCCUUCAUCUUCCAAUAUUCAAUUCAGCUGGCAGCAAGGUCGUUUCAUUGGUGCAGGUACUUUUGGUUCAGUCUAUUUGGCGAUUAAUUUGGAUACUUCCACCGUGAUGGCGGUGAAGGAAAUCAGAUUCCCUGAUUCAAGUUCGUUAUCAGCCCUGCAUAAAUCCAUCAAGGAGGAAAUGAAGGUCAUGGAAAUGCUGCAUCAUACAAACAUUGUACAAUACUUUGGCAUGGAAGUACAUCGUGAUCGUGUGUAUAUCUUUAUGGAGUAUUGUGAGAAUGGUAGUCUGGGUGCUUUGCUUGAUCAUGGUGGACGUAUUGAAGAUGAAGUUUACGUGGUGGAUUAUGCAUACCAGUUACUAAGCGGUCUUGCCUACUUGCACGGCAACAAUAUCGUACAUCGUGAUAUCAAACCUGAUAAUAUUUUGAUUGAUUAUAACGGGCAAUUGAAGUUGUCCGAUUUUGGUGCAGCCAAGAUUUUGGCUAAGGGACAGAAGACGAUGGGACGUACAACAGUGAAUAUGAAUGUGAAUAGUUUAGCGGGUACUCCCAUGUAUAUGGCACCGGAAGUGAUUACGGGAGGAGAAUCAGGUCGUAGAGGAUCCAUGGAUAUUUGGUCGCUAGGCUGUUGUAUUGUACAAAUGGCAACGGGAAGACGACCUUGGAGUACAUUAGAAAAUGAAUGGUCGGUGAUGUACCAUGUAGUGACGGGUCACCCACCACUUCCUGAUGCAUCACAACUGACAGCUCCUGGUAUUGAUUUCCUCAAGAAAUGUUUUGUACGUGAUCCCAAUAAGCGACCUACUGCCGAAGAGUUAUUAAACCACCCAUGGAUCACCAGCUAUGUAGAUAAUUACAGCGAAGAACAAUUGCCCCCACCUGAACAAGAAGGCAUGAAUGGCGAUGUUCUUGCGGGUGAUAACGAGCAUUGGGAGUCCGAGAUACCCGAUCCUCCUGAACAACGAGGUUAUCAAGAAUAUGAUGAUGUACCACCCAUGCAGCGUUCCAUUAAUUCCACCCCAUCCUUGGAUAGGCCGAUGAUUCGAAGUAUUCCCAACAGUUUAGCCUUAGACGGUAUGGCCAACAGUCAUGAGAAUGGGCCCCAAGCUCAGGCCUACUUUCGUGAAAUUGCUGCCCAACAUGCUUCCGAUGCUCAAUGGAACCCUGCUAGCUCCAUGAAUCCCCCCAAUUAAAAAUAAUUAUAAAAAGAAUAAAGAGAAAAAAAUAAAUAAAUUACUACUUGCACACAUACAAACGC